UAGAAGUUGCUUUCAAUUUUAGAAACAGUUUACAUAUAUUUGAGUAGAAAUAGGUUAUCAGUUGUAGAAUUUCAAGUGCAUAGGUAGAGGUAUAGGCGAUUUAACUAUUUUAUUGUAUUUGAAUAACUUGCAUUGUGUAGUUCGUCAUAUAUUUUUUAAAAGAUGGAUACGAAAGUGAGCUCCGCCCCUUCUCCCGAUGAACCCAUCUUCUCCAUGGUCUCCGCUGUCUCCCUAUUGGCCUGCGCAUUCCAGGGGGUGGCGGCUUACCUGAUGAUGCGUCGAGUGGGAGGGAAGAGCUCAACGAUCGACCAAUGGGUGCUGACCUGGCUCUUCUAUGAUGUCAUUGUCCACAUCACCUUGGAGGGGCCCUUUGUUUGGAUGUCACUGGGUGGAUCUGUGGAGACGUCUGAGGGACCUCUGGCUCAGCUCUGGCAGGAGUACGGUAAAGCUGACAGUCGCUGGCUGGUGUCAGACCCGGGGAUAGUGUCUGUGGAGCUGCUCACUGUGCUGCUCUGCUCUGCCCUAUGUCUGGCUCUGAUUUAUGCAGUGGUCCACAACAAACACUACAGACACUUCUUGCAGAUCUCUCUGUGUGUGUGUGAGCUGUACGGAGGCUGGAUGACCUUUGCCCCUGAUUGGCUGCAGGGGUCUCCUCACCUGAACCAAGCCUCUUCCUGGUUACAUCUAUGGGUUUACCUGGUCUUCUUUAACGGCAUCUGGGUCCUAGUGCCUGGCCUUCUGCUGCUCCAGUCCUGGUCUGCUCUGAGGAGUCUGCACCAGGGGACAGAGAAGAGGAAAGACAAAUGAAACUGACAGUGAACCAUUCUUUGAGGCGACUUUUUUGGGUGUAAUGAUUUCAGAUUUCAGUGAUGGCAGUAUAAUGAGGACCCGCAAACUAGUAAUUAUCCUGGACUGUAGAAUGGCCUAAAAGAGAUUAUUUUGCAAAAUUUACUCUUUCUACCAUGUUAUAACAUUGUUCCCUCAUCAAAACAUGUCUGAAGAUUGUUUUAUGUCAUCCAUCCAUGUUUGAGUGUUUGAGUAAUUUAGCAUUCUCCCCCAGUUUCUGCACAGCAAUUUUACAUAAAUAUACAAAAGCAUGAUACAAAACAGUGCACUACAACUUCACAAACCUGAUGCGACGUGUAGUAGUUUCACUGUGAUUUUGUUGUGAUAGUGCUCUGAAGUGUCAAAGCGCAGGGAGCAAAGGG